AUGAACUUCGCCAAGAUCACCUCUCCUCUGCUGUAUCUCUGGCGGCCACAGCCCGUGGUCACCAUCGGCCGGCACCAGAACCCCUGGAAGGAGUGUGUGCUCGAGCAGUUGCAGAGCGACCAAGUGGCCUUGGUGCGCCGCCGCUCGGGGGGGCGGUGCGGUGUUCCAAGAUCCCGGCUGCAGCGUUUUCACCUUCAUCUUCCCUUCGGCCGCCUUCGACAUUGA